UAAUUAGGACUUUGUUUGCUCAAAAAUAAUAAUACUCCUACUCCAAUAGUAAAGAGAAACGACGACCGGAGAAUUACAAAAGCAGAGAAUUUUCCGUCGUUGGCUCAAGCGCUGCUACACUCACUGUCUGCACAAUCAGGUCCGGCUUUUCAUAUCUGAACGAAAAGUAGCACCUGGUUCUUGUUUGCCAGCUCAACAGCCAUUAGCUAUGGACCACUUUGGAGGAGGUAGUUGGACAAUGAUCCCCAACAUCCAAAAUCACAGUAAUCCUUCCACACCCUCAAAUCAAGACCAAUUAUUUCUGCAGCAACAGCAAUUUCAGCAGCAACAGUUCAAUCAACCGCAACAGCUCUAUCAGCAGCAGCAACAACAACAACGCUAUCAACAGCAGAUGCAACAGCAACAGCAGAUGCAACAACAGCAGCAGCAGCAACAGCAGAUGCAACAACAGCAGCAGCAGCAACAACAGCACCAUCAAUCACUUGCCUCUCACUUCCAUCUUCUACAAUUGGUGGAGAAUUUAGCUGAUGCUAUUGAAAAUGGAAACCGAGAUCAGCACUCAGAUGCAUUGGUUACUGAAUUGAAAAACCAGUUUGAGAAGUGCCAGCAGCUGUUGACCUCAAUAUCAGGGUCUAUUAGCUCAAGAUCAAUGACAGUUGAGGGACAAAAGCGCAAAAAGGCAGAGUGCGAACAAUUGCUAAAUCAGCGAAGGGAUCUUAUUUCGAAGUAUAAAGGCUCGGUUGAGGAGCUUAUUAACUCUGAACUAUAGCUGCUACAUUCGUUCUAACUAUGGAAAAAACACAAGUUGCUAGCAUCUGCAGCGAAGGCCACUAGAUGGGAAUUAGACUUUGGCGGUGACUUGAUAUGUCUUUGUCUUCGGACCAAAAAUAAAUAGGCUGUAUUAUUUCGUCACUUGUAAAGAUUCAACUUGGCAGUAAAGGAAGGAAAAUGACUAUCUAGAUAUACUUGUGGGAUAGGGUAACUGCAAGAGAAUAAAGAAUUGGUUUCUUCUAAGAACACUUUCUCCAAAGGUCAAGUUUUGGACAACGAAAAAGCAUAAGUAUUAUGUUGAAUUUUCCUAUCUUAACAAAAAA